AUGGCGAGAGGACCGGCUAAGCACAAGGACGCGCCCGCUGCUUCAGCGGUAGAAAAGCAUGGCUACGAGUUUGGGGGGCCACUUGGAGCUGCGGCAUUCAUUUUCGGGCUUCCAGUCCUCGUCUACCUCUCGCUUUUCCUCUGCAACGAUGUCUCCGGCUGCCCAGCUCCAUCACUCCUGCACCCCAAAUCGCUCACUCUGGCCAGGCUGAAAACAGAAACACCGUGGCCCAAGGAAGGAUGGUCCGGUCUGAUAGACGCCAAAGUAACGGCCUGGGUUCUGGCCUACUACGGUCUGAGUCUUGCUAUGCAAUUGAUCUUGCCCGGCGUGGAGUCGAAAGGUGUGAAACUGGACAGCGGUGGACAACAUAGCUACAAGUUUAAUGCCUUUCCUUCCGCUCUUCUCACUCUUGCGGCAUUGGCCGUUGGAACUUUGUCGCAGGGUACAAGCUUCCCGGUGUGGACUUUUAUCUGGGACAAGCUGCCGCAGAUCGUGACAACGAACCUCAUCAUCUCGUACUUGCUUGCAAUCUACGUGUACCUCGUCUCUUUCAGCGUGCCACACCCGGGUCAAACAAACCUAAGUCACCGCGAGCUGGCCAAAGGCGGGCGCAGCGGCAACAUGAUAUACGACUUCUUUAUCGGACGAGAGUUGAAUCCUCGGAUCGACAUUCCCGAGUCAAUUCCUGUCAUCGGUGGACAGUCUAUCGAUAUCAAGCUGUUCUGCGAACUUCGGCCGGGCAUGCUGGGCUGGAUCAUUCUCAACCUUGCUUUCAUCGCCCAUCAGUAUCGCGAGCACGGUACCGUGUCCGACUCGAUCCUCCUGAUCACCGCCUUCCAGAUGCUAUACGUGCUGGAUGCUCUCUACAUGGAGCCCGCCAUACUGACCACCAUCGAUGUGACCACCGACGGGUUCGGCUUCAUGCUUUCAUUUGGUGAUCUGGUCUGGCUUCCCUUCAUCUACAGCCUGCAGGCACGUUAUCUCGCAGUCCACCCCGUCCAUCUCGGGCCCGCAGGCAUCGCCGGCAUCCUCGCCGUCCAGGCACUCGGAUACUACAUCUUCCGCGCCUCCAACAACGAGAAGAACCGCUUCCGAACCGAUCCCAAAGACCCCCGCGUAAAGCACCUGCAGUCCAUACCCACCCACAAUGGCUCAAGACUGCUCACCUCCGGCUGGUGGGGCCGUGCCCGCCACAUCAAUUACCUCGGAGACUGGAUCAUGUCUUGGUCUUACUCUCUCCCCACGGGCAUUGCCGGCUAUCUUAUCAACAAGUCCAAGAACCCAUUGACCGGAAACGAGUCGAGAGAAGUCGUUCCGGGUGAUGCACGUGGCUGGGGCAUGGUCUUCACCUAUUUCUACAUCAUCUACUUUGCCAUCUUGCUGAUCCACCGCGAGCGCAGAGACGAGCAGAAGUGCAGGAGGAAGUAUGGUGCUGAUUGGGACAAGUAUACCGCCAAGGUGAAGAGCAGGAUCGUGCCGGGCAUCUACUAG